CGUUAUGAAACUGUGGACAGAUUGAGAGAGAGAGAGCAUGUUGAAAACGAGCCUAGCACUGGGGCACUUCUGUCGGAGGCUAAUGCCUCGUAGCAGUGCUACAGUGAGAGGCAUGUGCGAAUUUGAACGAGCAGAUUAUGCUAUGAGUAAGAUGAGGUCAAUGUUUGACCUUGAUCAGGACUCCAUCAUUGUGUCUAGCUACAGUAACCUUGGAUUCAAAGUCAGCCCAGGCAUCCAAGUGAUCGGACCGGUGGUUCUGUUCCCUCACACUGUGCUCCACUGGAAUGUGAAGUCAGCACAACAUAUAGAUAAACACAGUCUUGUACUCUUCAGUUUACUGGAACCAAAAUUAGAUAUGUUGGUAAUUGGUAAGGGUAUGGAAAUAGACCAGUUAAAACCUGAUGUUCACUUAUUCCUGAGGUCAAAGGGAAUCAACGUAGAAGUUUUACCCACAGAACAGGCUUGUGGUCUCUUCAACAUGUUGAGCAUAGAGGGGAGAAAUGUGGCAGCAGCACUCAUUCCUCCAGAGAAGAUUUCCAUCAAUCAUGACGAAGUCUACCUGUCUAAUAAUGAACGCCUAAUGUAGUGACCUGUACUUUGAGCAAAUGAAAUAUGUGUAUGGAAUAUAUGCAUGCGAUCUUUAUAGAGUGGACUGACAGUCAUAGUCUUGUAGAAAUUGGUGUGGAUUGAGGCAUAAACAAUCAACUUUGUUAUGGCUAUUGACUGGAGCUGAAUCAAUUACUGUAAAAGUUCAUGUUAAAGAAGUAUCAUGGCUGAUUAUGUUUGUAGUGAGUGUUUAAAAGAAUCACAUUUCGUUGUUUCGUUAUCGACUGAAGCUGUGGUGUAAAUGUUUUUUAUUAGGUACGUUUGUUUGUCAAUAUUCUGUAUGAUGAACAAAUUAUUAAAUGUAUUAAUAUGUAUUGUUCUAUUUUUUCCCCGAUAGCUUAUCAGUUGUCUUUACAUAGACAUUUUGACGUUCAGUUAAAUUGAAUAAUGAACCAGAAUUUAGAAAUGUGAAGGUGAAGGUCCUGAAGAAGCCCGCCAAAGGGCGAAUCCGGUUGACAGAUAUUUAAUAAAUUAAAGCAACCUGUCCUCAUGCUGUUGUGAUUGUGACCUUCUACUGAAUUUAGAAAUGAUUAAAAAAAAGGUUAGCAUACUGA